UGACCAAAUAAUCUCACGAUUGGAAGCAACCCACAUGAGAAGACUGCCAAAAGUGUAUUCAUAAAUCCUCAAACCACACCGCCUCAUACUCAGACCAAAACACCUAACACCUAAUAAACAUGCUGUUCAAUAAUCAGUAUCUCUCUGAGACAUUUCGUCGAUCACUUGGUCUGCAAACCCCAAAAGACCGCAUUCUGCAUACCCAUCCAUUAAUAAUAAUGAUGUUGUUUUUAGAUUCCCAAUUGAAAUACCCAACAUUAUUUUGUAAAAACCUCGUAUAAACAGCUUUUGACUACUGUUUUCAAUGUCCUCAUUCGUCAUACAAGAACGACGUUUUCUUCAAAUCUUGGAUAUUUGGAGGGAAUAAUAAUCAGACAUAAAAGAUAACCUUAAAAUGGAGGGAAAUAAUUGAAUCCCAAAUAAAGGCCCAUAUGGCCAAAUGGAUAUAAAAUAUGGCCCCCCAAGUUUUAAAAGGUUAUCGGGCUAAUGAGCCCUAACCAAGUUCUUCACCAAAUUCUCUCUUUCUUUCUCUGCAACUUCUGCUAAUGAUGGUGAAGCACUGGAAACAAGCAUGAUUAAUGGCGAUGAACAGCUUAUCAAUUCAUUAAGCUUCUGGUACACAUUAUCCUUGUAAUUUGAAGGAGACGAAAGGUUCCCUUUUUAGGAACUCCCAUGAACAGAUCCAGCGGAGUAGGGUGGGAGUGUCGGACGGUAGCUCAGAAGAUUAGAACAAGUGGAAAUUUUACGUUAUAAUUGCCUGAAAUCUGGACGUGCAGAUAGAUCCUGUGAAUUUGUUUUAGUUAUUUUUCAACUUGAUUCCUCACUUGAAGCUACCACGUUCAGUUUUUGUUAAUAGUAGAAUAAUAGAUGGAGGGGAAAACAGAAAGAAGCAGACCGAUUGCAGCCUUUAUGGCCUUUGGUACAAAAGGUGACGUCAACCCUAUCACUGCAGUAGCUGCAGCUUUUGCUUCUGAUCAAAGGAAGUAUCAAGUGUUUUUCAUCAGUCACUCUGCCCACCAGGACUUAGCUGUACACUUGGCUGAAAGUAAUGUAAGAUACACUCCAGUUUCAUCUCCGCCUGUUCUUCCUCCUCCCGAAACUGAUGAGAAUGAUGACUCUGCCGCUCUGUCUUUCUGUAGCGAGAAACACACAGUUACAAGGGAACAUAGGAGGGAAUGUCUUUCAAUUAUGGAAAAGAUCUAUGGAGAUGGCCCGAGUAUGGAGGGUGAUUUUGUUUUGAUCAAUUUUUUUGCGUUGGAAGGAUGGAGUCUUGCUGAACUGUUUCAUGUUCGUUGUGUUGUUGCAGCUCCUUAUGUCGUAAACUAUACUGCCCCUUCCUCAUUUCAGAGGCAGUUCAGACGAGAACUUCCACUUCUUUACCAAUUCCUGCACGAGGCUCCUGAUGGUAAGCUUGGCUGGAAAGAUGUGAUUCAUUGGAUGUGGCCGCUUUUUACUGAAGAUUGGGGAUCAUGGAGGAGCAAUGAACUGAAUCUUAGCCCGUUGCCUUUUACAGACCCAGUGACAGGUCUUCCUAUGCGGCAUGAAAGACCGCCAUCUGCCCUUUUGUUGUAUGGAUUCAGCAGAGAGGUUGUCGAAUGUCCUGAUUAUUGGCCUUCAAACUCUCGGAUUUCUGGGUUUUGGUUUCUCCCUUCCAAGUGGCAGUUUUCAUGCAGCAGCUGCCGAGCAAUCUUUGAUUCAGGAGGGGAACUCUGUUCAAUUCAUACAGGGUUACAGAACUUUCUUAAAGUUAAUCUUUCAACGCCUCUUGUUUUCAUAGGUCUGAGCUCAGCUGGGAAUCUGGGCUUCUUGAGGAAUCCUAGAGCAUUACUCUGCAUCUUACAAGCUGCUGUAGAUAUCACCAAGUGUAGAUUCAUUCUUCUGACAGCUGGAUAUGAACCACUUGAUGUGGCUGUUCAAAAUUUUGCUGCUGAAGUGGAUUCUUCAACAUUAAAUCAAAGUACCAGCUUAAACAAUGGGAUCUCCAUGUACAAUGAUCACUUAUUUUUCCUUUCAGGUUCUGUUCCCUACAGUUGGCUCUUCCAAAAAUGCGCAGUUGCUAUCCAUCACGGAGGUAGUGGAUCCACAGCGGCAGCACUGAGAGCUGGAAUACCUCAAGUUGUUUGCCCCUUUAUGCUAGAUCAAUUUUACUGGGCUGAAAGGAUGUGCUGGCUUGGAGUAGCUCCAGAAUCUUUGAGAAGAAAUCAAUUGCUUCCUGAAAAUUGUGAUGACAUGAGCAUCAAGGAAGGUGCUUAUGCGUUAAAGAAUGCUAUAAAUCGUGCUAUGAGUCCUGAAAUUAAAGUACGAGCUCUAGAGAUUUCAGAGAAAAUUUCCUUGGAGAACGGAGUUUCAGAAGCUGUCAGGAUUCUCAAAGAAGAAAUUAUCUAAUACAGACUUGUCUCGUCUUAGGAAUCAGCAACCUCUUUCUGUACCAAUGUGCUGCAAGUUAAACAAACGGAGGAAGUAAAAAGAAUCAAUGCAAAGACACGGAAAACUCACAUCGACAAAGCAGUCAUGGAAGAGCAGACGAAGAAGCUUCCCGGGAAUACUAGGGUCAGAAGAACUUGCUGAUCUCACAACAUCUCUAACUACAAAUUCUACACCGGGACACGACAAUGCAUAGAAUUCCAAUUCGAAACCGAGAUUCGAACAAGGGAAUAAACCCAAGAUGAAGAUUAACAGCAAAAAUGUUGGUUUAUGGAGAUGAUUAGCUUGAACAGAGAGUGAGAAAGAAAGGUCAAAGGAAAAGUUAAUAAAAGCUGCAUUAACUUGAUAUGGAGUUUAUAGGUAGGAGGCUGCUGAAAAGAGUUUUAAUGGAGAGCUGAUGAUAAUGGAGCUGGCAGUAAUUAAUGUUGCAGGUCUUCUCACUUCGAUCAUGGAAUUUAAUGUCACUUUUCUCAACAACAAAAAUUGGCAAAGAAUGGGGCUAUCGGAAUGCAUUGGGCUAGUGAGCUUUCGAGCCGAAAACCAUUGAGUUUGAAUUUGGUUUGUUUAGUUAUCGAACCAUAAAUUUAACCUCAAACUUGGUUCAUUUACAAACGAAUCUAGCUUGAGCCGAACUUUUAUCAAACCGUUUGCGAGCUGUUCAAUAACGGUUAUAUUCGUGUCCACCCCUGCAUCACAGUGUAGUUAUGCUUUGAGUGUGUUGUUGAAUAAUAAUCAUUGCAUUCAUAAGUGGCGGGAAUUCAACGUUGAGGUGCGGAAAAAAAAUAUGAAACUAAAAAAAUAGGGCGAAACAAUCAUUGUGGCAAGUAUUUAGUGAUAUAUUUUAGGAUUUAUUACUAUAUACUCCCUCCGUAUUUAUUUAAGGGAUACACUUGUCUUUUUCGGUCGUAUUUAUUUAAGAGAUACACUUGCCAUUUUUAGUAACUUAUCAACCCCACCAUCUAAUUACAUAAUACAUCUAAUUUAGCAUAUGACCCACCAUCCUAUUAAACAAAUAAUUUCAUAAACUCACUCCACCUCCCACCCACCAAAAUGACAUGGUCCCCACUUGAUUAAUUAUUAAAAUAUCUAUCCAACCGCAUUUACUUUAUUAUUUUAUUUCAUUCAAUUCUUCAUCUUAAUACUCGUGCUCGACCAAGUGUAUCUCUUAAAUAAAUACGGAGGGAUUAUAAAAUUAUUGGGGGAGGGUGGUGAGAAUUCGAAAAUUCCUUGUGCUACACAGAUUUGCUUCAACUGAAAGGAUGCUGCCCAUCGAGGUACCCAUGCAAACUCACGCGGGAGAUUAGUCCACUCGUCGAAAACGGUAGGAACUCCUCCUCGUAGUAGAAUUAAAAAAAACAUAGAUUUGCCUCGAUCACAAUUUUUUUAAUUUUUUUUUUGUUAAAAGGAAACGAACCAAGAAAAAACAUUUUUAAAUAGCGCACCAAACAAUUUACUGUGCUGACUAGGAAUGGCAAUGGAUCGAACUCGGGUCGGAUGUAGAAAAAUCUAUAUCCGAUCCAUUUAAAAUUCGGACUCCAAAAUUGCAUCCAUAUCCAAAUCCAUUUACAAUUCGGACUCUAAAAUUGCAUCCAUAUCCAUAUCCAUUUAAAAUCCGGACUCCAAAAUUGCGCCCAUAUCCAAAUCCGAAUCCAUAUUCAUAUCUAAAUCCGAACCAUGCGUUAACUUUACUUACAUAGAACUUGUAAUUUUUUUAUUUUAAACAAAUUUAGAAAUACAAACUUUUAUAUAAGGCGGAUUUAGAAAUCCUAUUUCUCAUUUACCAAAAUCUAAUGAGUUUCCAAUAAAUUAAUAAAUUACAAAUAUAUGCGUUUUAAUCAAAUAUAUUAGAUUAUAUUGGGAACUUUCUUUUUAAAAAAAAUUAUUUACGAAAAAUAAUACACUUUGAAAUAACUUCAGGUCGAAUUUGCACUCGGAUUCGGACUCGAGUCGGAUUCGGGUCGGAGUCUCUACAGACUCCAUAUCCGAUUCAUAUCCAUUCGGAUUCGGAUGUUUUUAAUCACAUUCGGACUUUUUUUCUCAAAUUCGAAUCAGAUAUUUUCCUUCGAAUCGGGUCGGACUCGAUUCGAAUUCGGAUGUGAUUGCCAUCCCUAGUGCUGACAAAUAUUUUGGGCAGCAAGCAUUAUACCUAAGCACUCUAAUACCGUAAGCGGAAGAAAAUCAAGCAAACCUUAUGCGGUUAUGCAGGAAUUCGAGCAUUGACUUGGUGUUCACUCUUCACUCUUCAGGCAUUGAUAAAGUCACGUGCCGCCCACACUCUCCCCUGUUUUCUUCCUUUAAUUUUGUUCUUUCUUACUUUACUUUUUUUUUUUUUUUUUUUAAGGAAAGAUAAACGAAAGUUAGGAUAGUGUUCUCUCAAGACUAUAUCCUAACUUAUCUAAAGAUAUAAAAUAAGAAAAUUUACUAUC